UACAACCACAUUAGUCCUCCACAUACUAUAUAACAUGUGCAAACAUGGCCUAGUGAUUAAGUGGGAGGAAAAAGACAUAGGCACAGUACCAAUGUCUAAUAUUUGGGUUCCUUUAUUUUUCCUCUUCCUCAUGCACCUAUUUGGUUAUAUUAUUCCCAUAAAUUCCCUUCGAAAUUCAGCAAUACCACCACCAUUACCACUCCUCCCACUCCCAUCAUACUCCCAGUUGAAAUGGCAACAAAGAGAGAUCAUCAUGUUCUUCCACUUUGGUGUCAACACCUUCACCGACUCCGAGUGGGGUUCCGGCCACGAAUCCCCGGCCAUUUUCAACCCGACUCACCUGAACCCUGACCAAUGGUUCAGGGUUGCAGCUGAGGCAGGCAUAUCAUUGGCUAUUUUAACAGCUAAGCACCAUGAUGGAUUCUGUUUAUGGCCUUCUAAGUACACUGACCAUUCUGUUGCCAAGAGCCCUUGGAAAGAGGGUCAUGGGGAUGUUGUUCAGGAGUUUGUUACAGCAGCUAAGGCUCAUGGGAUUGAUGCGGGGCUGUAUCUUUCUCCUUGGGAUAGACAUGACAAGAGAUAUGGCAAUGAAAAGCUAUAUAAUGAGUACUACCUUGCUCAAUUACAAGAGCUAUUAACCAGAUAUGGAGAUAUCAGAGAGAUUUGGUUCGACGGGGCCAAAGGUUCCAACGCACCAAACAUGUCCUACUAUUUUUGGGAUUGGUUUGCCAUGGUUAAGGAGCUUCAGAGUUCAAUCAACAUAUUUUCUGAUGCUGGUCCAGACAUUAGAUGGAUAGGAAACGAAAAAGGAUUUGCUGGGAAAACUUGCUGGUCUACCAUAAACAGAACAUCAUUGUCAAUUGGCAAUGCAAGCAUUGUUGAAUAUCUGAACAAAGGAGAUCCUAAAGGAACAGACUGGUUAGCACCAGAAUGUGAUGUUUCAAUUCGACCAGGGUGGUUUUGGCAUAAAUCUGAAAAACCAAAGAAGCUAAGUAAACUCCUAGAAAUAUAUUACAAAUCUGUAGGAAGAAACUGUGUGUUACUACUAAAUGUGCCACCAAACUCCAGCGGUCUCAUCUCCGAAAUUGACAUCAAACGGUUGACGCAGUUUCGGGGUGCAAUCAACACGAUAUUCUCCCACAAUUUAGCGAAAAAGUGUUUACUAGAAGCAAGUAGCCAAAGGGGAGGAAAGGGAAGUAAUUUUGGACCAGAAAACGUGCUCGAUGAGGACCACUUAUGGACUUAUUGGGCUCCCAGUGAAGAUGAUCAGAAAGACACAUGGAUUGAGAUAAGAGUGGAAAAUCAAGGGAUAAGAUUCAAUGUGAUCAUGAUCCAAGAGGCAAUUGGGCUUGGUCAGAGGAUCCAACGACAUGAGAUCUAUGUUGAUGGGAAGAGGGUCAUAAGAGGCACAACUGUAGGGUAUAAGAGGCUUCAUUGGUUAGGAGUUAGGGGAAUACAUGCCAAGAAGGUGACGAUCAGGGUAGUGAAGUCACGAGAUUUGCCUUUGAUAUCUUCUGUUGGGUUGUUUUUUGACCCUUAUGGGAAUCCCAGUGAGAGCUAAUGAAAACAAACAUUAUGUGAUUCUUCUUGUAUUUAGGUAAAUAAUGACAUCAGAAAGCAAUGAAAUGUGUUAAAGAAGUCCACAUAUAAAGUGGAAGCACCUUGCUUUCCUCAUUA